UCGGGACGCACACGGCAGUCCGAUGGAGGCGGUGGUUUUGUAUGACUAUGAGAAACAGCAAGGCGAUGAGCUGAAUCUCAAGGUUGGAGAGGUCAUUACCAAUGUCACACAGGUGUAUCACGGCUGGUGUGAGGGGACCAAGGAUGGGGAGAGGGGGGUGUUUCCUGACAACUUUGUGAAGAUGAGGCCAACCACAGAAGAUGUGCCCUCUCCAGCUGAGAGAGAACAACAAUCUGAAAAGACCACACCCCCCACAGAGCCAGCUUCCGGAGAGUCCACAGAUACCGGUGAGAUGCCCAAGGGCCAGAGAGGCAGGGUAUUGUACAGAUUCGAAGCAGAGGGUUCUGAUGAGAUAUCACUGGAGCCCGGACAGAUAGUGGAUGUGCUGUCGGAUGAAGGUGACGGAUGGGGUCAAGGUCGAAUUGGAGAAAACGAGGGAUACAUCCCCCUCAACUAUGUGCAACUUCUCGACUUCACCCACCCACAAGCCACCGAGACCCCACCCCUUGUCACACCCACAGAGUCAGCUUCCGGAGAAGACAUAUAUGAUAAUGGUCCAGGUUCUACCCAAUAUGACCCUUUUUCAGGUUAUGACAAUAAAGGAAUGGAUGUACCAGGUCCUUUUGACGAAUAUUACGACCCUGUUCAUAUACAACCAGGUUCUAGGAAUACAGGAAUGGAUUUACCAGAGCUUUACAAGGAAGUGGAGCUACCUAAACCACCAAGUCAGGCAAACAGAGUCAGGAAAGCAAAGGUGUUGUUUAAGUUCGAGGCAGAUGAGUCUGAUGAGCUGUCACUAGAGCCUGGUCAGGUGGUGGAAGUGCUGGGGGAGGAUAUGAAAGUCCGUGGCUAUUGGCGCGGUCGAAUUAAUGGGAGGGAGGGCAUUUUUCCUUUCAACUGUGUGGAAGUCCUUCUUGAGAGACCCCCUCGGGAUUCAAGCCCUCCCUCUAGUAGAGACUGGGAAGGGCAAAGAGCGUCCAGCCAAACCCCGUAUGAGAAUUUCCCCCCAGAACUUGGAGAGUGGGAAAUGACCUCUGAUGAAGAGGCGCAAGCAUUCCUUGAAGAAGCCAUGAAGCAGGGCUAUGUGGAGGUGACACUGGUGAAAGUGAUUGUGGAGGGACCUGCAGGUGUCGGCAAAACCAGUGUCAUAUACCUUCUCCUUGGAAAGGCUCCUCCAGAGAAAAGACACAGCACUGGCUGUGCUGAGCGAGCAAUUCGAGUGAUACGAGUGGGCAAGGAGGGAGGAAAAUGGAGCGAGAUUUCAGCCAAAGAGUUCCAGGAAAUGAUUGCAGAAGCAGUUCCGGUUCUUUAUAAGGAACUCAGAGCUACAGGAAAAGGAAUGGAAGCACUGGAAGAAGUUUUGUCUAGCUUGGAACUG